AUGAAAGGUUUGUUACAAGUUAUAAUUUAUCAAUGCUAUGACUGCGGAAAUAAAUGAAAUGAUUAAAAAGAAUGCAGAAGCAGAAAUUAAAGAAUUCCAUAUUCAAUGACUUGUUGUGUGAAUGGGUUGUCCAGAAGAUUAUCUACCAGUUGAUAAGGUUAGGACAAACCUGUCAGUCAUGAAGACUCCUGUACCUCAACAUUUAAAUGGGAGUAGUGGUCAGUCCGUUGGCUCUGAAAAGACUGGUUCAUAUUUGAUAUCACGUUAUAACAAUCCAUCCAAUAACUAUCAUGUUUUAAAAGUAGCUGGACGUGAUUCCAAUUGUUACAUUGCCAAUAACAUUGCUCCUAAAAUAGGCAAACAGCAAUUAGUAUCAUUGAACGGUGAUUCUGUAAGUUGCAACAGUGUGAAUGUAAAUGAGGCUUUGGCAUGCGAUGUAGUUACUAUGCCAGCAGUUAAGACUAAAGCUUUAUGCGUACACAUUCGUGAGAAUAAAUGGUAUGACGCAGGUAAUGUAGUUUCUGUCGGUGUGGCAGGAACUAGUCUCAGUCAUGCCUUGGAAAGUAUGUCCUUGGCUUAUAAUCCUACUACUAAACAGAUAUAUUCUAUGGAAGAUAACGAUACGCAAUAUGACUGUAAAUCUCAAUAUCUAGAAUCUCCAUGUAAUGGGAAAGAAUUGUCAGCGAGUAUAGUGUCUAAGAUCGAUGGAGAUAAAUAUACAAAACUUGAAAGUGGCAGUGCAAAUAGUAGUCCUAGAAACAGUUUACCUCGUUCAUGUAGCAGUACAGUGUCUUCCCUUAGCGAAGUAUCACCUUCUGGAAGUUUCUUAGGAUCAGACGAGCAACACAUUGUUGUAGAUAAACAAGAAAAAUCUAAGCGCUGGGGAUUAAACACAUUGUUUGCCAAAAAUGUAUUUUCUUGGAAAAAUAAAGGUUCUCAGCAAUCUACACCUACGGGUAGUCCAUCAAGAAAUAUAGAUAAAGUAGGAGGAAGUUUAGCUUUAAUACAGCAACCAAGACCAGCGAAUUUACCUGCAAAGAAUGCUUUGGAGGAACAACGUCAUCGUAAGCAAUAUACUGCAAUUUUAGAAGCUGCACGUAAGAGAGAGUUACGCGAAGAGAAAGAACGUAAACAACAGAGAGAACAACAGAUUAAAGAAGAAGAAAGAUUAGCAGAAGAUUCCAAUACAUGGAACAUUCAUGUUAUACCUAAAUUUGAAAGCGUUAAAGAUACAAAAAAAGUACGCGAAUUAUGGUGGCGUGGUUUGCCACCAAGCGUACGAGGAAGAGUAUGGAAAUUGGCUAUUGAGAAUAGCUUAAACAUAACACCACAUUUGUAUAAUCUUUGCUUGGACAGAGCAAUGUCUAGCCCUCCUAUGAAUGAAUCCUUAGCUGCGAUCAAAUUAGAUGUAUCUCGUACCUUUCCUACCUUAUGUGUCUUUCAAGAAGGUGGACCAUUAUCAGAUAGCCUUCAAGGUAUUUUGGCAGCCUAUGCCGUUUAUAGACCAGAUGUUGGCUAUGUGCAAGGAAUGAGUUUUGUGGGAGCUGUAUUAUCAUUAAAUAUGGAACCCUCGGAUGCCUUUGCCUGCUUUGCUAAUCUCUUGAAUCAUCCUUGUCACAGAGCCGCCUUUACCUUGGACCAAAAAAGAAUGAAUGUUUAUUACAAGGUAUAUUCGAGCGCGCUUGCACAUAAGCUGCCAAAAAUAUUUUCUCAUUUCACAGUAGCUGGUCUUAGUCCGGACCUGUACCUGUUAGAUUGGUUGUAUACUAUAUAUGCCAAAGCAAUGCCUCUCGAUGUCGCAUGCAGAAUCUGGGAUGUAUUCCUAAGAGACGGCGAAGAGUUCCUUUUUAGAACAGCCCUUGGCGUAUUACAUUUGUAUCAAGAAGAAUUAUUGAAAUUAGACUUUGUACAUGGAGCGCAAUUUCUUACUAGAUUGCCUGAGAACCUCCAGGCAGAAGCUUUGUUUAACAGUAUUAGUCAAAUGUCUACUACUGUCGGGACUACGACAUUCCAACAAAUGCUGAUACAAUUUUCUUCAGUGUGAUUUUUUUUUUUAGCUCUAUUUAAAAGAGUGAUUUCAUUUGAUUUGAUUUGAU